AUGGUUGGCCAACCCUGUUACACCUCAGGUUCCUUUCAUACAAGACAGUCGAUUCCGGCUACCAUCUUACCUCCCCUAUCGCAAGUCGUCGGUCCUUAUAUCUCACCCUCAUUAACCGACAAAGACAUUGCAAAUUUCGACCCUCAAUUGGCCCUUACUUCAUCCUACGACAUGACACCUGCGAGUUCGUAUCAAAACUGUGUAAGACCUUUUUCUGAUUACUCUGAUUACUUAUGUUCUUCUAAUGACAAGAGGCUUCCUAUCUCAUCUUCUUCUCCCAAAUAUUCAUAUUCAAGUCUUUUAUCCCGACCUCAACCCCGAUACACUUCUUAUGAGCGUACUGCUCCAUCGAACCGUCCUAGUACUCCAACGGAAUAUGAUACUUCUCAACAACGCCUAUGUGGUCCUGUAUGUGACACUCCUGUUUUCAAUUCAGUAUAUCCCUCUCCCGAUGUCACCCCAUCUCAGAACUUUGCUUCUAGGAACUCUUCUAUAAGCGAAGGACCAACUCUUGAUGAUGAUUCUUGUAGUAGUGGAUUUAACACCCCUAAAGCAGCAUAUGGUUUGACUCGUCUCUCACAAUUGGACCCGUGUGGCCAAACUGAACUUAAUAAGUAUAAGAUUUCUCUCGGAAACAAUUCUGCUUCUGACUCAGCGAACGUCCAAUGCUCUAAAGAACAUAUAAUCUGUGAUUCUUACGAACAAACUUUGGCUCGUGAUUACUCAUCUGUUAAAUCUAAUGAAGAACAAGCUUUUCUACCAACCACGUCUAGUCCGUCUAUCUCUACUACAAUUAUUACAUCUUCUGCUAUUCCUCAAAUUCCCAGCAAUGUCAAGCCGAAAACCAAGUGCAGGAAGAAACAGCCCAAUACUGUGUUCGCUAACCAAGAGUAUACAGUUUCAUCUUCUUCACCUAAGAUCAGGUUGUCUCAAAAAAGGUACUCUACACCCAAGUCUAAUGGAAAGAAAGGUACGCAAGGAAGGCCAUUUACCGACUCAAUGACAAUACAUCUUAAUCUUGCUGCCAACAUCGAUGAGAUUUUUCUCUCUAGUUUGGGUGUGGAGUCUGAAACAAUUCGCAGUCAUUAUGUCGAAUUCACCCCCUUUUAUCGAAUUGACAAAACUGAUACAGUUUCAGAGGCUUCCGACUACCUUUCAGUUGGUCGAAGACGGUCCGGUACAAUGAAUUUUGUUACUGAUAGUAGUGAAGAUGAGAAUGCCAGCUGCACACCCAUCAAACUUAACCAUAAUAAUAUUGCAUCUGAAAUUCGGAAACUAUUCGCCAUCAAGGAUUUCCACUUUGUUCAAAUUGUCCGGUCUAGUACUAAUCAGGACAGAAAUGUUGACCGAGAUAUCAAGAGUCUUCCUGUUCAAAAAUUUGUCGCUAUUCCUUGUCCUUCUAACGACAAAGAGAUCACUUGUAGAUUCCUGAAGCAAAUUGUUGCUCACCCUCGUUACAAAUGCAAUAUGAAAUUUUUUAUUGUGAAAGGAAAAAUUGACUGUACCCAGUGGCACUAUACUUCCUAUGAGCUAAUGGAGCAAGAGCGCAGCCAAAUUACGAGUGGAGAAAUUUUUCUACCGGUGAACACGCGUUUGUUUCGUCCGACUGAUAUGAUGCUGACAGCUAUCGGAAGACGACGCUCUAGAAAAGUUCUGUCUUCCUCUAAGAGGAAGCUUCUUGUUGAGGAUGAUAUUAGUUGGAGCAACAAGCUGCAUGACAAGACUCUUGGCAAUUUUGAUAAGUCUUGCCACUUGUCCGAUGCUUCGGUCUCCAAGAAAAUCAAACUUCAACCUUCUCUUGAGACGGACAAAUUGGAAGGAAACUUGAACUCGGGGCACGAAGCUAUUGUUAGAUCUGGUCCAGAUCCCAAACUUGUUCCAGCUGUCUGCCAUCAUGAAGAGACAAAGUCCAGCGCUUUGUCCAGUAGAAAAACAAACAUCCAGUUGUAUAACAAGAUGAGCAUGAAUCUUCUUAUUAACUAA